AUGAGUGUACCCAAGCAGAAAACAACAGAGAGAGUCUCUGCAAGCUCAUCACGAAACAGGGAUGGUCAAUUUAACCAUGCGCAUCUGCGCGAUACAAAACAUUUAGAAUUUCUUGAUAAAUGGGGGAGUGAUCGAUUACCAAAUGACGAGAUUGCAGUGCCAUUAAAGUACCAACCUUCCAGUUCCGAUGAUAACGACGAUGCCAAUUUAAUUGCUGAACAACUUCAAACAGCGCGUAAAUGGAAUGAUUUAGCGUUGAAUUUCCUGAAUGAUGAACAUCAAAGGCAAACAAAUACUCAUGGGCAUCAUCAGCAUCAUCCACAACAAAUUCAUUAA